AUGGGAAAAGAAACGGCUACUACACCUAAAAGAGGAUUUGUAUCUGAUGGAGAGAAUGUACCAGAGGCAAGAAGAAGGACAGAUGAUCAAAACGUCACUCAUUUGGAACUUAUGCUCGGACAGAUAGCGAAUUACUGUCCAGUUAUUUCCAGAAAUACCGUUGUCAAAAAUUCAACAUCCUUAACACAGAUUUGGCAAGCAAUUCGUUUACAUUACGGAUUUCAGCUCACAGGAUCCCAUUUCUUGGAUUUUAACAGUAUUUCCCUUAAUCCCGACGAGCGCCCUGAAGAUUUGUACCAGCGUCUAAUCUCCUUUAUAGAGGACAAUUUACUUACCACAGCCGGAAGGAUAUCACAUCAUGGUUCUUUUCCAACGCCUGAUGAAGAAUUAACUCCUUCUCUUGAGAAUAUGGUCGUCUUGAUAUGGUUGCGCUUAAUUCAUCCAGAUUUACCACAAUUGGUCAAACAACGAUACGGCACUGAACUUCGAUCACAGACAUUAGCCACUUUGAAACCAGAAAUAUCGGUAGCACUCGAUUCCUCAUUGGACGAAGUUCACACAACUGCAGAUGCGAAAAUACUAAGAACCACCACCAAGGAUUUGUUGACGUCAUAUAAAACUACGCAAAAUAGGGAGACCACUACGUCACACACCACAACUCUUAUAGAGAAUGAGAAGUCCUCUACAUUUCGUGACAUUCUUUCUCGUCUAUUAUUGACCAUGAAACCAAUUGAUGGACCCCCUGUAUCAGUUCGAGUUGAUCCCGCGCCAGGGUUCACCCCGCUUGUAUCAGAUCAAACACUACUCAAACUUGGAAUCUCACUCGAAGUCGGUAGAAUCAAAAACCCUAAUAAGAGUCCUGUAGCUGAGAGGGCUAUCCAAGAAUUAGAGGGUGAGUUAUUACGUCAGGAACCUGGUGGUGGUCCUGUUACACCAUUGGGAUUGUCAAUAGCUACGGCUCGUAUGAAUUCAAGAGUCCGGUCUCAUGGCUUAUCAGCUCAUGAACUAAGAAGAAGAAGUCAAGUGACAAAUCAACAGAUUCCUCUCUCUGAUCGCGAAGUAAUUCUUCGUCAACAUUCUCGACGACUAGCAAAUCAUCCUUACAGCUUUAGAUCGAAGAAUCAUCGACGUCCCUCAAAUAACACUGUUGCUAAAGUUGGCGAUUUAGUUUACCUUACCUGUGAUGGCAGCAAAGACAAAGGUCGUGAACGAUACAUCGUCACAUCAACUGAUGACAAUUGGUUUUACAUCCGUAAAUUCCUUGGCGCUCAAUUACGAUCUAAAACUUACCAGGUUCAUCCAUCCGAAUGUAUUGUAAUACCUCAAUUUUAUUCGUCCAUGCCAUUUAGACGUUCAUACCCCAAUGAUUCUAGUGAAGUAAGCGAGUACAAAGAUACGGACCAUGAUAUACCCCUUACCGAUGCCGACCAGGUGUCAAAUGAUGCUGCUCCAAGUCAAGGUCAAUCUCUUCUUGUCGAAGAGCCUCCUGAGGUGGAUCCCCCUCCAGAUAUUCCAGAGCUACUGAGUCAACCAGUUGAAGACGCUGAUACAGCUGCUGUCAUUCCUUCGUCGGAUCCGUUGUCAUCUCUCCCUACCCGACCCAAACGCAUAGUCUGGUCAGGUGCUACCGACCUAUAUUGA